GGCUCUUCUAUCAAGAUAAGUGGACCAGAUAAUUCAAGUCCCAAAGCUGGUAGGUGACCAGCCUCUGGUGCAUAUGAGCUGUGGCAUUGCGAGAGAGACAAUAUUGUCAGCUGCUCCCGGGCACUGUUUACUCCUUUCUGUCUCGCCGCCAUCUGGGGGGUUGAUCUCCCUACACCAACUCUCAGUCCGUCCUCUGAGAUGGCUGAUCGAAAGUCAUCCUGGCGCUUACACUUAAUUACCAAAUUGGUAGAUGCCAAAUAAUAAUGCACAAUAAAGUAGCAAACAAUGCACAAUAGAGCAACACCUAUGACCGCAGCAUUGGCACUCUAUCUCCAUCAUCUCUUAGCCUCAUGGGUCCCGUUUUUCAGUCGGUCGUAGUCCUGUUGGCUAGCGCGCUUGCAUGGUUACUUUAUGAGUAUGUGGUGAAAGCAAUCCGUUCACCACUGCGACGGCUCCCCGGACCAAUUAGUCGGGGAAUCUUUGCAAACCACCUCACGUUUGCGAUGGACCCUAUCUGGUCAGCUGCUGCACAAGACCAGUGGUCCAAGCGCUUUGGCUUGAAUUUGCGCAUCAAGGGCUUCAAUUGGUUCGACAACAGACUCCUGACGCUAGACCCCCGCGCCGUGCAUUACAUCCUUCACAACCCUCAACUCUAUGAAAAACCAACCAUUUCAAGACGCUACCUAGCUCACCUUAUUGGUGAAGGUCUUCUCGCUACUGAAGGUCCUCAACACAGGCAACAGCGUAAAGUGAUGAAUCCCGCAUUCUCGCCAUCGAAUCUUCGUGCCCUCACCCCUGUAUUCUUCACGAAGGCAUUCCAACUGCGAGACAAAUGGCUGUCAUUGAUGGAGGUCCCCCGAGAUGGCUCGAUUCUCAACGUGUCGCGAUGGAUUAGCCGUGCUACCUUCGAUGUGAUAGGUGUGGCAGGAUUUGGCUAUGAAUUCAAUGCUAUUGAGGAAGAGAACGAGGCCGUGUAUUUAGCGUACAAAGUCAUGUUCGAUGAGACCGUGAAUCAGGGCCAAUCCAUGUUUAACCUUGCCUCCAUGUACUUUCCAUUCAUACGACGCGUCUUCCGUACAAGAGAGGUCAGGAUUAAUGAAGCAAGCCAAGCCACUAUUGCCGAGGCUGGAAAGACACUUGUAGAGAAAAAGAAACGCGAGUUUCAAGAGGGGAACAAAGAGAGUCGUGACUUAUUGUCCCUUCUUGUUCGAUCGAAUCUGGCCCCAGAAACCGAUCCUUCCCAAAGGAUAACGGACGUCAGUAUAGCGAAUCAGAUCAAUACAUUCUUAUUCGCUGGGUCGGACACGACUUCGUUAGCAAUAUCAUGGUGUAUCCUUCUUCUCGCCCAACACCAGGAUAUCCAACAGCGACUUCGUAAUGAGCUGGUGGAUGAGGAGGGUGGCAUGUCUGCAGACAAUGAAUUUGCCACAGCCGACUUCUUCGUUCAGCUAGACAAACUUCCUUAUCUUGAUAAUGUCUGCAAGGAAAUUCUUCGGUCCAUCCCACCUGUCCACUCGUCCAUCAGAAUGGCACUUAAGGAUGAUAUUAUACCUAUAUCCAGUCCAAUGCGCUGGGAGGACAGGAAAGGGAAGACUAUCAAGGUGGAAGCGCACCCAAGUGGAAUUAAGAUAGCAAAAGGAGAAUACAUCCAUAUCCCUUUCGAAGGGUUGAACUUGGCUAAGCAUGUUUGGGGUGAAGACGCGCAUGAAUUCAAACCUGAUCGUUGGGAUCACCUUCCAGACGCAGCCCGGUCGGCGCCCGGAUUAUAUUCAAAUAUCAUGACUUUCGGUUAUGGGCCCAGAUCUUGUAUAGGAAUGCGUUUUUCGUUAAUGGAGAUGAAAACUUUCUUAUUUGUACUCCUUCGAUCUUUCCGAUUUGACGAUCCUCCCAGAGUGCGGAAAGUCAAUGUGAUCGUCACACGACCAUAUGUGAAAGGGUCGCUGAAGGAAGGCACCCAGAUGCCAAUCAGGGUGACCUCGAUCGGUGUUCACGGAAAGGAUCCAAGCUUAACAUGAUAUCAUUAGUAUAUUAAAUAACGUUUCUGUUUCCUUUGGGUUGAAUUACUUUGGAUCUAUAAUGGAUUUCUAUGCGGUAGUAAAUUCGAC